GUCAAAGAGCGUCACGCAGUCUCUGCGGGUGGAAGCCAGGCUGCUAAAUCGACCACCGACUAAUCGCUCCUCUGCUAGCCUAGUCCUUGCCCCCCAACUGAGAGGAGCAAACUCCGGCAUGUGUGCGUUCUGUGCGCCCUUAAAAGAUGAACGGAUGUGUUUUAUUUCCCCGGUACUUAGCUGGACAUAAACGCGAGGCAGGAUUCGUGUCUGUUGCUGUGGACAUAAGACAAACACGCUGUCAGUUAAGUAGCCUGCUAGCUAGCUGCUAACGUGCUGCUAACGGCUAACCAUUCGGCUUCUUGUUUGUUAUUGGGGCGUCGUCGCGGUUUGUGAACGUAUCUCUGUUCACGUGAGGAAUUGUGUGUUUGCUGCUAUUUCAACCGCGUGCGCGUUCGGGGAUACAAAUAUCGCACAUGGCUGCGUUUCUAUGUAGGUUAGUUGUACGUGUUGACACAACAGUGUAGCUUCGCUCCGUUAGCUAGCGGCAGCGGCUUCCCUGCUAGCCACGUAAACUGCUCCUGCUUGGUGUUGACGUAGCAGGAGCAGCUAGCUGUCCUGUCAAGGUACUUCAGUUUCAUAUGAACGAGAAGACAUUGUUGACAGCCUGCCUGACUUAAAAAAAAAAAAAAGACAUCUUGAACUCCAACGAGGACAUGAACACGUGUGACUCAAGAUGCUCUAGCUGGACUUGAGUCGGGUUCUGUGUCCUGUUGCAUUGAGCGGAUGAUGAAGCGGGUCAUCUGGCUGAUAUCAGGAUUAAACAGAAGAAUGAUGAAGCUACUUUUCGCCCUCGCUUUGAUCGCCUACAUUGCCUCUGUCUGGGGAACAUAUACGAACAUGAGAUCAAUACAAGAACACGGAGAAAUGAAGAUUGAGCAGAGAAUUGAUGAAGCGGUCGCUCCUCUCAGAGAGAAGAUUCGGGAUCUGGAACAAAGUUUUUCUCAGAAAUACCCACCUGUGAAAUUCCUGUCAGAAAAGGAUCGGAAGAGAAUUUUGAUCACUGGUGGGGCUGGUUUUGUGGGUUCCCACCUGACUGACAAGCUGAUGAUGGAUGGCCAUGAGGUGACUGUAGUGGACAACUUCUUCACAGGAAGGAAAAGGAAUGUGGAGCACUGGAUUGGCCACGAAAACUUCGAGCUCAUCAAUCACGACGUGGUGGAGCCUCUCUAUAUUGAGGUGGACCAGAUCUAUCACCUGGCCUCUCCGGCCUCGCCGCCCAACUACAUGUACAACCCCAUCAAAACACUCAAGACGAACACCAUUGGCACUCUCAACAUGCUCGGUUUGGCCAAACGUGUCGGCGCCAGACUCCUCCUGGCUUCUACUUCUGAGGUUUAUGGAGAUCCAGAGGUACACCCGCAGAAUGAGGAGUACUGGGGCCACGUGAAUCCGAUUGGUCCUCGUGCGUGCUACGAUGAGGGGAAACGUGUAGCGGAGACCAUGUGCUAUGCCUACAUGAAGCAGGAAGGAGUGGAGGUGAGGGUGGCGAGAAUCUUCAACACGUUUGGCUCCCGAAUGCACAUGAACGAUGGACGGGUCGUCAGCAACUUCAUCCUGCAGGCUCUCCAGGGAGAACCUCUUACUGUGUAUGGUUCUGGUUCCCAAACAAGAGCCUUUCAAUAUGUCAGCGACCUGGUGAACGGCCUGGUGCUGCUGAUGAACAGCAACAUCAGCAGUCCGGUCAAUCUGGGGAACCCAGAGGAACACACCAUAUUGGAGUUUGCUCAGCUCAUCAAGAGUCUCGUUGUGAGCCGAAGUCAGAUCCAGUUCCUCCCGGAGGCCCAGGACGACCCACAGAGAAGAAGACCCGAUAUUCGAAAGGCCAAGAUGUUGCUCGGCUGGGAGCCGGUGGUGCCUCUGGAGGAGGGCUUGAACAAAACGAUCCAGUACUUCAGCAGGGAACUGGAGCACCAGGCCAACAACCAGUACAUCCCCAAACCGAAAGCCGCCCGCAUGAAGAAAGGAAGACCCAGACACAACUGAAGUCGGCUGUUCCACCACGGACUCUCCCAAAAGAGGACGAUGAGACUCCUCAGAGGACCCUCGCAGAGCAAACUCUCAGAAACACACUGUUGAGUAGAGCACGAUGGAUGUGGUGUCUUUUUUUAAAAGUUCUUUGAGAAGCAGGGACUACUUUCUCUUUCAAAAGUGUGGCGUUGGCGCUGCACUGCAUACCGCAGCGUGUGUGUGUGUGUGUUGGAUGGACAGUCUUGAAUCUAAAACAGAAAUAUAUGAGGCAAGAAAUCAUUUUUUGUUAUUUAAAAUUUGCAGAUGUGCGAAUCUGUGCGUCCGUGCUUUGUGUUUAUUUGAUCCGCUUCACGGCGUUUUUGUUCUCCGGAGACGCGGAGCGACACGGACUUUGUUUUUUCCACUGGAUGUUUUACGCCGUGCGGCGCCGGACUGAGCAAACCUUCUAGAAGGACCGUUACAUGUUUAUCACAAUGUCUUUGUGCUCUUAAUUUGUGACAAUCGGUCAGGAUGUGCGUUAUCAAUUUCAGAUGCUAUUUUAAUAAAAAAUAUUUCCAAUA